AUGUGCGACUCUGCUACCGACGGGACUCGCACCUGGAUCACUCAAACCCCUCCCGCCGACGACGCGACCUUCCUUGCAAACCUCGAUGCGUACCUUCUGCCCAUGUCGGGUGACGAAAUCGAUUUGAACUUGAACUCUAACGCCGUCACGGCGGCAGAGCAGAUUUCGGUUCUCGAGAUGGCCCCGGCGGCAGUGCUCGGUCCCACCCCAAAGGCUGGCCCAGCGCCGGCCUCGACUGCUCCGGCGCGGGGGUCGACUCGAUUCGGGCGCGAUCCACCGUUCGCCAACGGGGUCGACGUCGACACGGAGUCCGAUAUGCUCGACUGGCAUCCCUCCUAUGUAACAGCAAGCACCAACGAUCUCUCGAUAUUAUCUGCUACCGAGUCAGAGCCACUCUUAACACAUCCUCGUCCCGACGAGCUGUGGGAGACGACGCCCAGAUCUGUGAGUUUCGCAAGCUCGACUUCAGGUUCGGCGAUGGAACGUGCGGCGCCGGCCGACUGGCAAGACUUGAUCGAGCCUGCGAUGCGCCGCGGCGGCGAGGACGAGGGCGUGUUCUUUUGCUCUAGCGCGACAACAGGCUUUACGGUUGCUCGACGCGCGGCUCCUCGCGACGCGGCACAGGAGGGUCAGACUCUGCAGCCUGCGCAUGGUGCGGGCGGGCUCGAUCUGGACCGCCUAAAUUGCGAGUGCAAUAUCGCCCCGGGGCCCUGGCCAUCAUCGUCGUUAUCGUCGACGGCGGCAUUUCCUUCGGCAUCUCUGCCUCGCUCUGCCUCUUUUCGCGUUUCCGAACGUUCAUUGCAUCCGCAGUCCCAUCUUCGUCGAUCUUCAUACAUUGAACCGGGACAAUACCUCCAGCAACAAAGAAAGCAGCAGCACUGGUCGUCGCCGUCGUUCUUUGAUCUGGGCGCCGCUUCCUCGACGGAAGGAACCCCGGAGCUCUCGCCUGCCGCUUCGAUCGCUUCGUCGGCCUCGACCGGGACCCCGACCGCGGCUUCGGCGACGCUAUACGACUAUUCGCCCCCACCUUCGCCGACUGCGAUCAACAGGAGACGCAUUUCGCUCCCCGGUGGUACUUUGACGCCGAACAGGAACUACAGCAGCGCCAGCAGCGUUGGACCGCUCGGCUCUCCGCUCACAGGGAGGUCACGUUGUGCCCCUCUGCCUCCUCCGCGCUCCUCGACCCGGACCUCAGUUCAUGUCAGCAGUGCGUUCGCGGAGAUGCAAGACGUUUACCCGCAACAGCAGUCACCACCAUCGCUACCCCAGCAGCAGUAUCAGCACCACUCUCGGAACCACGACAUGCUCGCUUCAAGUGUAACAUUCACUCCGUCGACGCCUCCAAGGCCGUCGUCGUUCGUUGCGCCUUCCCAAAUGGGUAAGUCACGCGGCCUUUAUUUCGCGCGCUCGUGGGGAUCCUUUGGUGCCGCCAGACAUUCUCGCGGAGGGGCUCCCCCGAGGACACCCCACCGCCAUUCGAACUCUUGACGAGUAGUGUUUUCAAGUUUCCAUGUUCGAUGCAUCGAAAGGUUGAAGAGGGCUUGAGAAUUACCCACGUCUCGGUCGCCGGUCACCAACGCUGCGCGCGCGCCAGGUCGAUUCGAACUCAGGACCUCUACUUUGAGAGCCGAGCUAAUCUCCCUCCUUGUCCCUUCCUUUUGUCCCGGACUCCACUUCCUCACCUGCGCUCGUCCCUAACCCACCUCGCGACUUUUAGACGCACUGUAUAGAUCUGCCUCGCAUGAUUCGAAUGCCUCGUCGGCCAGUCUCAAUUCGACUACGUCAUACGCCUCGGCACCCCCACUGCUUUCGCAGACCCAUGCCGACCUGAUGAUGGUGGAGUCGCCGCCCUUGUUGCGCACUUCGUCGUCAAAUGGUGAAGCUCAAUCUAAUAACAACUCGCCGCUCGGAAGACGCUCUUCGCGUCGUCCAGCACCUAUCAAGAUCGAGGCGAGCUCCAAGGGGAGGCGCCAGGCUUCGCGCCUGACCAUCGAAGUCCCGCCCAAAUACCUGCAGCAGCAACCCAACCGAGCACACCCGCUUCCCGGGGGACUGGCGUCGCCGAUCAGCCCAUACCCCUCAUGUAUCGAAGCCGGUUCUACUCGACCGAUGACUCCGACCCAACAAGCGGCCUCGCAGCGCGAGAUGGAACAAUUGCUCGGGCAGCUCGACAACUUUCUCGGGCCCGAAGGAGGCGGCGCUUCCCAGUCGAUGCAGCAGACGAUGUCGUCCUCCCCGGGUCGACCCAUCGUUCCCCUUCGCUCACCUCGAGGUGCACCACACCUUUCGAUCCCGUCGAGGAUGCAGAAUAGCUUGUCACCUCCAGCGAGUUUCGGCAUCGCGAGCUUCGAGAUCUCGGGCGUGACUUUGAACGAAGAGGAUCUCGCUUUGCUCGAUGACGCCGAGUUCCACAAUCAGGUCAACGAUAAUUCUAAAGCUUACCCUGCUUCGGCACCGGCGUGGCAGACCACCUUCAAACUCGGUCCUCAGCCGGGGCAGUAUGGCGCGCCUCAUCCGUCGCAACAGGUGUCGUAUACGUCUCCGCCUGCGCAGUACACCGCGCCGAUGGGCUCGCACCAGAUGGGCUGGUCCCAUGGCGCGGCAUACCAGUACGACAACGCGACCAACACCACCGGCGGGCCACCUACACCGACGACACCUCGUAACCAAGUGCCGGCAAUGCCAACGUACCAACGACGCGAGGCCGUCGAGCCGGAUAGCUUGUCGUCUCCUGUUCGACGCCGUCGGUCCAGCGAUGGUCUUUCUGCGCAUCCGACAUAUUACACCGCGGCUCAGCACCCGAAUCGGAUGUCGUACCCAUAUUUCGAACAACAGAAGCAACAUCAGGCACCGGACUAUCAGACCCAAAGAGCGCCUUACACGACGCAGGAGCAGUACAGCUAUGGCUACGCAGCUACCUCUCCUUCUUCAGUCGCGGGAUCGUCGUCGUCUUCGUCCUACCCGACCCACCACCACCCUUCUUCCAUGCCCCGGUCCAUGGUGGCAUUGAGCGAUGCAUUCGUUCAACCCGCUUCCCCCGUCUCUCCACCCAAAUCACCGACCAAGAGAGCGCGCACCUCCCCACCCAAGUCCACCGUUCCCUUACCCCCACCAUCCCCCGUUCGACCGCCUUUGUCAAGCUCAAUCUCCUCCCCAGCAGUGCCUACGGUGCCAACCAAGAAGUCGGGCGGCCUGCCCCCGAUGUUUAUCAAUUAUUCAGCAAAUGACAAAAAGAAGUUGUUGGGGGGUGUGGCGCCGAGUGGGUCGAGUAAGAAGAAGAGGGAGGAGGCCGAAGCCGCGGCGAGAGCGGCGGCUGCUACGGCUGCAGCGGCUGGGCAGAGAUAG